CCUGGCCCGGCCCGGGAGCAACCGGGCGAGCCGGGCCGGAGUUUCCGCGGCGGGGCGGUGCCGGUGGGGUUUUCUUCCCCCGCACCCUGCCAGGCGCCGCAUAUAGGCUGGGCCUUGCUGGGGGCCGCUGGGGGGCCCCCUCGGAGGCGGUUUUGUUCUGCCACAAAAAAUUGAAUGAUUGAAACUACAAAUACUUAAAAUUUCUUCUUGAGGACAGUCAGUACCAAUAUGGAGGCGUAGACACCUUACAAGGGACUUCAGUCUUACCUCUGGGAGGUAGUUCUGUGCAGAAAUAAAGAAACUAAGACAUCAAAUACUUUUUUUUUUAAAACUGAGAGUUCUGUUUGAUUCUGUAUGCCAUAAACAUGGCAUACAGAAAAAACUUUAUUCAACAGCAUAAAGCAUCAGAAUGUCUCAACACAAGGCGAUUAAUUUAUGUUAAAUUUGAUAGCUCUGUACUUGUAACUAAGGCACCAGGUUAAAACUGAAGUGCUCUGUUAGUUUGGUGCUAACUUGUAGACAAGCCUGGGGCUAUCCCAGGUUUCUUAAUAAAGAGAGUUCAUCCUUGUCUGAGACAGUGUAUAGGAUUUGUUUCUCUAAUAGCUGAAUAUUCUAUACAUGUGAAGUUGAAUAUAAACAAACUUAUUCAGUCCUAGCAACUUGAUACAACAAUAUGCAGAACUUGAGAGGUUUUUUUUUGGAGUCCAGUGGCAGCAAGUAUACAAGAUAAGUUCAGUAACGUCAGUUCAGGGUCUCUAUUUUUUGUGUGCCCUUUGAACUUGAUAAACCCUUCUUUUCAGCCUCCUAGUGAGUUUUACAAACUAAAAUCUUUGUGUAUAAGCUACAUAUUUAUCAGCUGUCUAGGGUGUAAUCGUGGCUUAAAUCGCUUAACAUAUGUUCUGCAUAAGAGCAGUGUUUUAGUUGCUGCCCAGUUUAGUUUCUUUAUUGACAAAGGAUUUUGAUAAACCCAUUUGAGGUUUUUCCUCUUUUGGUCCCACCUCCCUGAGCCUGACAAAUUGGUACUGCUCUCCCCGAUAUACAGAACAAGUAAAGCAUGUGAUGCUUAUAUGAAUUGAUGGAAACUGCUUUUCAACAUGCUUUCUUCAAUUGUUAAAAUGGGAUGGAGAAGCUUUUGUGGUGAAAGCAGUUGCUAAACCAAGGCGCGGGUUGUUCCAAAUUGCCUUUAAUGCACACAACUACCUCCCCGAGGAAGACUUGUCCCAUUUUUCCCAAAACUGUUCAUUAUGAACAUAGUGGAAGAUAGUCCUUUCUUGGCCAGCAUCAUGAGGCAGAGUGCUCUGUGUGAUGAACUGAAGUAUGACCUGUCCUGUGAACUCUACAGAAUGUCAACGUUCUCUACUUUCCCCAUGAACACGCCGGUGUCAGAGCGGAGCCUUGCCCGGGCUGGGUUUUAUUACACGGGUGUGCAAGAUAAAGUUAAAUGCUUCAGUUGUGGCUUAACGUUGGAUAACUGGCAGCCAGGGGAUAAUGCUAUGGAAAAACAUAAGCAGAUGUAUCCUAGCUGCAGUUUUGUUCAAAGAAUGCUUUCAGUUAGUAACCUUGGAUUGUUGUCUCGUUCUGCCUUUUCACCCUCACUUGCAAGCAGUCUCUCACCAUCUCUACCUUCCGUAGCACUUUCUCCAACUUCAGAACAGGUUGGAUAUUUCAGUGGCUCGUUUUCGAGUUUUCCUCAAGACCCAGUAACUACCAGGGCAGUUGAAGACCUUCCAUUCUUGAGCCCCAAGCUUCACAAUCCUUCUAUGAGGACAGAAGAUGCUAGGCUACGCACCUUUCACUCAUGGCCACUGACGUUUCUCUCACCCACUGAUCUGGCAAAGGCUGGACUUUAUUAUUUGGGGACAGCAGACAAAGUUGCUUGUUUUACCUGUGGUGGUCAGCUGUGUAAUUGGGAACCAAAAGAUAAUGCUAUGUCAGAGCAUCGGAGACACUACCCCAACUGCCCUUUUGUGGAAAACCUUAUCCGAGACCAGCAGAGUUUCAAUGUUUCAAAUGUGACCAUGCAAACCCAUGAAGCCCGUGUUAAAACAUUCGUAAACUGGCCAACCAGAAUUCCUGUUCAGCCUGAACAGCUUGCAGAUGCUGGCUUUUACUAUGUAGGUCGCAAUGAUGAUGUGAAGUGUUUUUGCUGUGAUGGUGGGUUAAGGUGCUGGGAGUCUGGAGAUGAUCCAUGGAUUGAGCAUGCAAAGUGGUUUCCAAGGUGUGAAUAUCUGCUUCGUGUAAAAGGAAGAGAGUUUGUAAGUCAAAUUCAGGCCAGAUUCCCCCAUCUCCUUGAACAGCUCUUGUCAACCUCUGAUCCACCUGUAGAUGAAAACCUUGAUCCUCCAAUUAUUCGUUUUGAACCUGGAGAGAGCCAUUCAGAAGAUGCAAUCAUGAUGAAUACGCCUGUGGUUAAAGCUGCCUUGGAGAUGGGAUUCAGUAGAAGGCUAAUAAAGCAAACAGUGCAAAGUAAAAUCUUGGCCAGUGGAGAAAACUACAAGACUGUUAAUGAUCUUGUGUCUGAUCUGCUCAUGGCUGAAGAUGAGAAGAUUGAGGAAGAGAAAGAAAAGCAGUUGGAAGAAGUGGCAUCAGAUGAUUUGUACUUGAUCCAGAAGAAUCGAAUGGCUUUAUUCCAACGUUUAACAUGUGUACUCCCAAUCCUUGGGAGUUUACUAUCAGCUAAAGUGAUAACAGAACUUGAGCAUGAUGUUAUUAAGCAGAAGACUCAGAUACCAUUGCAGGCAAGGGAACUGAUAGAUACAAUUUUAGUGAAAGGAAAUGAAGCAGCCAGCAUCUUCAGGAACUGUCUACGAGAUUGUGACCCUGUGCUCUACAAAGAUUUAUUUGUGGAGAAAACCAUCAAGUAUGUUCCCACAGAGGAUGUUUCAGGUUUACCUAUGGAAGAACAAUUAAGAAGAUUGCAAGAGGAAAGAACAUGUAAAGUUUGCAUGGACAAGGAAGUUUCUAUUGUUUUUAUUCCAUGUGGUCACUUAGUGGUGUGCAAAGAAUGUGCCCCAUCUCUUAGGAAAUGCCCUAUUUGCAGGGGGACAAUAAAGGGUACAGUCCGGACAUUUCUUUCAUAAAGAGGGAAAUUUGCAAAAUGUCUUUGUUCCUGCCAUCCUCCAACUGCUGAAGCUUAAGACAGCAGUUUCUUAAGAAUGGAAAAUUGUGGUACAGAAGAGGAUUAAUCAACUACCUAAUGAAGUUUUGUGAUAGUAAAGUAUAUCCUCAUUAUGAUGUGUCUAUGAUUAUGUAUAGAAGGCCUUCACUGCCAAAGAUUCUCUGUUCAUAAAACUAACUCAAUAUUAGGGUGAGGUUUUUGUGGCGUUCCUUUCUGAGUAGGGAGUUUCACUAGUGUCACUUUUAUUCAAAGAAGUUUUUGGUUAAGUUCCUAAAAUGGAGCUUGGCAUAACUUCUCAUGUGGACUAGUUUCCUCUAUGUGGAUGUGAGGAAAUAUACUAAAAUUGCUGUUAUUAAUAGUUAAUGUUAAUUAACUUCAGCGACUUCUGUUUUGGCUUUCUUCUUGACUUAAGGAGAGAAGAGGCUAACUGUUGCAGGAACAGCAGGACUUUUAAAGUUUUUUCAUGUCUUGAUACUUGUGUAACAUAUAUUACUAAUAGUUUAUAUGAAGACUGAAAUAAAAUAUUUCUACUUCUCAAA